AUGUAUGAAAAUAUUACAAAUCCACCACAUAAUAUUGUAAUUAAUGUGAGUAUAUGGACACAAAUUCAAAAUGACAAUUCAGCCUUGAAACAAAUGGUAGCGGAAUUACAAUCAAGCAUUAAAAAAUUAGAUCUUCAGAUUUCUGAAAUGAUGAUUUCUGAUGAAAUGACCACAGGGAGCUCAAAAGACAAUUUGAGCCCUUCUAAAAAACCAAUAAAAGUGCUAAAAGAAAUUGCGAGAACUUCUAUAAAAAUUCACAAACCACCUCUAAUAACAGUAUGCGGUGUAAAUGAUUUUAAAAAAAACUAAUGGAUAAUCUGAAACUCGAAAAAGCUGAGGGACAUGAGUAACAAUUAAAAACUUUGACUAAUGGUGAAAUUAAGAUACUAAUGGGUGAUGAACACCAGUUUCGCUUAACUAUAAAAGUAUUACAAAAACAAAAAUUUGAGCACCACAGAUACCAACUCUUUUUCCCUGAAACCGACUUUUGUGACAUUAAAAAUUAGCUAUCCAAAUUAGGAUAUAUUUUACAUAAUGCUACGAACAUCUAGAUUAAAAAAAGUCGACCCUAACAACAAGGGCAGUGAUUUUAUUAUUGUGAGGUUUCCACUAUUCUUCGUUGAUCUGGAGCCAUAAGCAAAUAAUAAAGAUAUCUAUGAUCUUAAAAAUUUGUGUUAUCACAAAACUAAAGUGGAACUACCAAGAAAAUGCAAAAUUGUCAAACUUUUGGUCACACUCAAAAUUACUUUUUUAAAGCACCAAAGUGUGUGAAAUGUAGCGACACACUUCGCUGAAUUGCACCAAGUCUAAGAAGUCCAAGGCUAAAUGCGCAAAUUAUGGAGAAGGUCACACUUCAGAUUGGAAAGGAUACUCUGUUUAAAAAAAGCAGUAGAGAAAACUCAUCUAAAAAAAAAUAUCAGCAGUAGUAAGAAUAAAAUAAAACCUGCGAAACCAGUAACUCAAAAUGUUUCUUUUGCACAGAUGGCAAGAUCUUCGAAUGAUAAACACAAGGGUCCACAAACUCAAACUCAUACAUAAUAGGAAAAAAUGUGUCCAUCGCUUUUUGACAUGAUGGCUGAAUUAACAAAAAUAAACCCGAGAUUCGACAAGCUCAAAAAUAACCAAUCAAAAAACAAAGUACAACAAAAUAGAAAAUGAAUAGAACACUUUAAAUUGUAACAUGAAACGCGAACGAGCUUCUACAGUGAAAACAAGAACUUGAACAUCUUAUGCAAAAUUAAAAAAUAGACAUACCUCUAAUUUCAGAAACACAUAUUACAACAUGGACUAGUCUAAAGAUACGUGGAUAUCAAAUAUAUACAACAGAACAUCCAAGCAACCGCACUCAUGGAGGGAUUGCAGUAAUAAUAAAAGAAUCAAUCAUGAACUUGGAAAACAUUCUCAAAAAUAUUUACAAGCAACAAAUAUCCGUGUAAAUGACGGUGAUAACGGCUCUACUAUAUCUGCUAUAUAUUGUCCACCACGAUAUAAAGUAGACAAACAUACUUUCUGGGGAUCGAGAUUGAUCACUACUAAAGGACGUGAUUUGUUUACAUCUGUAAAUAAAAUUAAAGCACCAUUCAUCACAACUAUAAAAUCAACCUACUGGCCAACUGGCCCAGAUAAACUACCUGAUCUUAUUAACUUUUAUGUAAUGAAAGGAAUUUCAUCAAAUUAUGAAGAAGUUGAAGGUCUAAUUGAGCUAACAUCGGAUCAUAUUCCCGUGCUUCUCUCAUUAAGUUCCAAUGUAAUAGUGAAACAAAAGAAAAUUUCCAUAGCAAACAAAAAACGAAUUGGAACUUAUUUAAAAGUUCUUUCAAUGAAAACAUAA